GACCGGCUUUUGUCACUUGUUUUAGGAACCCACACAAGUAAAUGGUCAAUGAAAUUUAGAUUCGGGAUGUUGAGGGGGGAGGUUAAAAGAGAGGAAGGAGGGGGAGUUUUUUAUUUAUUGUUUUCUUGGCUAAAUGAAGUAGUUGAGAGAGAAAACUUUUAAAAUCAAUUUAUAUUCCUACCGGUGUUCAUUGUUAAAUUUUAAUUAAAAAUUUGGAGAAAAAUUGAGAGAAGAAUUGUUUCAAUUUAAUUAAAAUUUUAAUUGGAGCAAAGAAAAAAAGAUGGAAUUAAUAACAAAUAUUUUUGGAUUUUAUUUUACUUUAUUUUUCAAUUGUGUCUCUUUCUUAGCAUCACAAAAUUACGAUUCAAUUGUAUUAAAUGAAGUAAAUAGAACAGACGAGAAAGAAAAUUUAACAAAAGAAGAAUCAAAUAAUAAUAAAAUUUUAACAUUUAAAGAAGAACCAGCUUGGUUACGUUCUGGGGAUAUUGAUGGAGUUGAUGAAUUAUUACUUAAGCAGUUAUCAGAUCCAAAUAUUCAAUUUAAUGCUUUAAAGAAUCAUCAAUUAAUAUGGCCAAACGGCGUUGUUCCCUAUGAAUUGGAUGAGGCUUUUUCAAUUAGUGAAGUUAAACUUUUACAAAAAGCUUUUAGAAUUUAUCGACGGCGUACUUUUGGAUGUAUCCAUUUCAAGCCUCGAAAUUUUGAGAAUGAUUAUUUAAAUAUUGUAAGGGGUAAUGGAUGUUAUUCUCAAGUUGGGAAAACUGGUGGUAAACAAGAACUUUCAUUGGGACAAGGAUGUUUAUUUAAUGAAACUAUAAUUCACGAAUUAAUGCAUUCAUUGGGUUUUUGGCACGAACAUAGUAGAGCAGACAGAGAUAAUCAUAUAAUAAUUCGUUGGGAGAAUAUAUUGCCUGGUUUAGAUUCACAAUUUGAUAUUUUUACAAAUAUAAUUGGGACAUCUUUUGAAUUGAGUGAAUUAGAUAUAGAAAAAAUAAUGAAAUUAUAUAAUUGUAAUAAACAAAAGAAAGGAAAUAGUAAUUAUUUAAUUAAAAAAAGAAAAAUAAAUACUAAUUAUCAAGAAAAUAUUGAAAAUAAAUUUAAAAAGAAAUUAAGAAAAAAAUUAAAAGAAGAAAAAGAAAAUAAUAAUUAUUUAUUAAAAGAAGAAGAACAGAAAGAAUGUACUGAUUAUUUUGUUGAUUGUAACCAAUUUAUUGACUAUUGUAGAAGAAUAUCUUUUUAUUUUAUUAUGAGAACAUAUUGUCCAUUUACUUGUGGAAAAUGUAAAAAUAAAUAA